AUGACUAAUUCGUCAGAUUUGGCUCGGUUGGCAUUACUGACAACAGCCGCCCUUUCCGCCGCAAACGCCCGCCUAUCGGCCACUACGGGUCAGAGACCCUGUUUUAAUCAGCUAAUGCUUACAGAACAGAACAGAAGUGAAUAUAAACACGGGGGACAUCCUGAUGGCUUCGAUGUUCACAUUUGCCCACCUUUAAGAAUGGGAAUUAAUGAAACCAACACUUUGAUCAAUAACAGUCUCUUUCUUCCCAAAUAUCUUUCUUUCUUUCUUUUUACUUCUCAUCGUCACUUCUUCCUUUCCUUUCAUAGUUGUUUCUUUAAUUCUUUUUUUCUAACAAUUAUUUAUCUUUCGUUCAUUCUUUCUUUCUCUCUUUAUGCUUCUUUAAUUCUUCCUAACAAUCUUUCUUUCUUUUUCUUUCUUUCUUUCUUUCUUUCUUUCUUUCUUUCUUUUUUUUUUUCUUUCUUUUUCUUUCUUUCUUUGUUCGUGUUCGUUAUUUCUUCAUUAUUUUCAUGUUUCUUUAAUUCUUUCUUCCUGGCAAUCUUUCUUUCUUUUUUUACUUUCUUACUUUCUUUUUCUUUCUUUCUUUCUUUCUUUCUUUCUUUCUUUCUUUCUUUUUUUCUUCCUUUCUUUUCAUAG